AUGUCCUCGCCCUCAAAGCCAGUCAACAUCGUCAGUCCUCGCAGGGCCAACGCAGAGAUUGCUGGUGUGGGCACACCACCCACUGCACGCGCUGUGUCUGGUUCACCAAGCCCUCGCGCUCUCCGAGCUCAGUAUGCCGGCACCCCACAGCCGCCUAACAUCCCUCGACGUGGAACCCCCAUUGGCACUCCCAGUGCAGCAGGAAGCUCGCCUUUUCUUAUGCCCACUCCAUUAGCAGGAGGCGAGCCAUCCUCUGUGGCCUCUUUGGGCGGUAUCAGCGCGCGGCGACCAGACACGCCUGGUAGUGGAAUCGAGGGCAAUGCUCUCGAUGACCUCACCGACGAAGAGAAGGCGAGAAUACUCAGGCGCCAUCUCGUUUCGCGGCAAGAACGCGACGGACCGGCGGGACAGUCGUCGCGUGCGUCCGUCAGCGGAGGCUCAGAUAACGGUGUAGCGUCGAAACGGUCGUCGUUCUCGCACUUGCAUACACAAAGGGAGGAGUCAGAACCCUUCCCUGUGCCGUACCACGCGCCUGGUGCAGAUGUGACUCACAACAUAUACAAAUGGCAGGCAGACAAGCGUCGACAGGCAGCGCGUCCACGCGCUGCAUCAUUUGCUGGGUCGACGAGGUCCACAGACCCUGCUUUCCAGCAUAUUCACGAGCCAGGAGGUUUCCGAAGGAACUACCUGCUCAUGAGACGCGGUGAGGACGGCACUGCAGAUUUGCCACACGUCCCCCGAAACUUCAUUGAAUUCCUAUAUCUAUUCGGACACUUCGCUGGAGAGGACUUAGAGGAGAUCGAAGAGGAGGACGAGUACCGAUGGGAUGACAUGGAAGCCCAAGUCGGGACGCCUUCAUCCGCGGAGAGGGACCUCGCGGGCACCGCCCCGCUUUCCAUUGGUCUGCCGCCCGAGACGAGCACGGACCUUCACAAAGCAAGCGAACGUUCGCCGCUGCUUCCCCGCUCUCGUUCGAGAAGAGCAAGGUCCGGUAGCGUGGGCCCGCACGGAGAUGCGACGGUGACGCAGGCUUUGCUGAAGUCGUUCGUCGGCACUGGUAUUCUCUUCCUGGGCAAGGCCUUCUUCAAUGGUGGUAUCCUGUUCUCAAGCGCGGUCCUCACGUUCAUUGCGUUGAUCUCGUUAUACUCGUUCUUGCUGCUUGUGAAAACGAAGUUCGUGGUAUCAGGCAGUUUCGGUGACAUCGGUGGAACGCUCUACGGCCCCUGGAUGCGCUACGCCAUCCUCGCGUCGAUCACGAUCUCCCAGCUCGGCUUCGUCUCUGCCUACAUCAUCUUCGUCUCCGAGAACCUGCAGGCGUUCGUGCUCGCCAUCACGAACUGCGCGAAGCUCUUCGGCAUCCAGUACUUCAUCCUGCUGCAGAUGAUCAUCUUCAUGCCGCUCGUGCUGAUCCGGAACCUCGCGAAGCUGAGCACAACCGCGCUCGUGGCGGACGUGUUCAUUCUCGCGGGCCUUAUCUAUAUCUUCGGGAGCGAGGCGGCGAUCAUGGCGGACCGUGGACAUGCGGAUGUAGCGUUCUUCAAUGCGAAGGAUUGGCCUCUCCUGAUCGGAACGGCAGUCUUCUCGUUCGAGGGUAUUGGUUUGGUUAUCCCGAUCACCGAUGCGAUGAAAGAGCCGCGCAAGUUCCCCAAGGUCCUCACUGGUGUCAUGUUGUUCCUCAUGGUCCUCUUCUGCGGUGGCGGUGUCAUGUCCUACCUCACCUUCGGCUCCGACGUGCAGACCGUCGUCAUCGUGAACCUCGACACCACGAGCAAGUUCACGCAAGUGGUCCAGUUCCUGUACUCGCUCGCGAUCCUGCUGUCCGUGCCGCUGCAGCUCUUCCCCGCGGUGCGGAUCAUGGAGAACGGCCUGUUCGAGCGCAGCGGCAAGGCGGACGCGCGCGUCAAGUGGACGAAGAAUUGCUUCCGGUUCGUCACGAUCAUGUUCUGCUGCGCGCUCAGCUGGGCGGGCGCGAAUGAUCUGGACAAGUUCGUGUCGUUCGUUGGGAGCUUCGCUUGCGUCCCGCUCUGCUACGUCUACCCGGCGAUGCUGCACUUUAAGGCAUGCGCCCACACGCGCAAGCAGAAGGUUGCAGACAUCGCUUUGAUGAUCUUUGGCAUAGUCGCCGCCACUUACACCACUGUCCAGACAGUCCGCCUCAUGGUGGAGCCGGCUCCUGCUGUGCCACCCAGGUUGGGCAGCUGUGACAUUCCCGAUGGUUUGUUCCACGGAGGCAACUGA